AUGACAAUUAAUGACGAAACUGUGAAAUAUAAAAAUGUUAAAAUUAAUGGAAGCCAAGGAGAAAAUAGUAAUUACCUUGUAGCCAGCGUUUCUAUACUGAAUUGGGAUGUAGAUCGAUUCGUUGAGGUACUUGCGACAGUACGUUGA